CCAAGACGGCUAUAUAUACAAGCAAGUCCGCUGCAGUAUUUAAAAGAAUCCCAUUUACAGCGUCGACUUGCUAGUGACUUGCUAGUGACUUGCUAGUGAGCUAGUGAGGAAUAAACGCAACUACUAUGUUGCUGUCUUUUCUCAUUUAUUGCAGUUGUUUUCUGGCUUUCUUGCCUAUCAUCGGCGAAGGCAGCAACAGCAAUAAUCAAAAAACACAAGAUUCGUUUGAUAUACUGAAAUCGCAUUGUCCCCACUUGUUGUCGCACGUUGCUGAACUGUCCCAUUCUAAUUUGGACUCCCUUUUACGAUACGUGUCUGCGGAUGAUGAGCCAACCACCAAUCAGCCACAACAUCCUUCUGCUGUUGACAAUGUUGUUGAUUUCCCGUUAAAUGAGAAAUCAGACACAACCACCUCACCGGCUGGUUCGUCUCGCCCCAAAAAAUACAUUGACGUACUGCAGCAGUUGCUGAAGAAGAGGCCCCAUGUGGAAGGUCGGCCACAUGAAAACUAGCAAUAAUGGAACUGAUACCAGACGCUACGCCCCUAAUCAUGUCUCGGAGCUAAGUUUCUAACAAGAAACUUAACUUAUAUUUCUUCUGGUUUUUCAUUGUUAUUGUCUAUAACGCUUCUAAAAAUUGCCAGCAGGUGGAGAUAUCAGUCCAAUUUCCCCCCCUUUUCUAUUUCAACCUGGUGAAAAGAGAGUAAUUGAUCUGUGCCACUUUGGUAAUGUAAGCAUGUAAAUGCGAAUUUUUCUCUGUAGUCAGACAUUUCUUACAGAACUCAAAAUAUUGACUAGCGUAUCUGCAGAUAAA